CGUUUGUGGCUACUGUUUCUAAAGAAAUUCAACAUGGUGAAAGCAGUUUGUGUGUUAGCUGCCGGCAGUUCAACUAGCAUUACUGGAACAAUCACAUUCACUCAGGAGGGUCCAGCUGACAGCACUAUUGUCACGGGUGAAGUUAAGGGAUUGGCCCCAGGCAAGCAUGGUUUCCACAUUCAUCAGUUUGGAGAUUACACAAAUGGGUGCAUGAGUGCUGGUGGACAUUUCAACCCACUUGGCGCAACUCACGGAGGUCCAGAUGAUGCAGUGAGACAUGCUGGGGACCUGGGGAACAUCAUUGCUGGGGAUGAUGGAGUUGCCAAAGUUGAAAUCAAAGACCCUCAAGUUCCCCUCAUUGGAGAGAAUUCCAUCGUUGGUCGUAGCUUGGUGGUGCACGAGAAGGAGGAUGACCUUGGCAAAGGAGGCAAUGAGGAAAGUCUGAAGACGGGCAAUGCUGGUCCUCGUGUGGCCUGCGGUGUGAUUGGUAUCACCAAGUAAACACGAUUUAUUGUUUUUGUAUUUUGCUAUAAAAAAAUUGUUUCCCCAGAA